AUGGAGCGAACAAGUAGCAUUCGGAGAAAAGCCAUAGCCAGACAAAAUAAAGGAGAAGUCAUGAUUGCUGGAGAACAACUCAGGUUGAGACUCCACGACGGAAAACUGAUCAAGGACCGACGCUACCACCUGCGCACGUACCCGAACUGCUUUGUGGCAGAGGAACUCAUCGACUGGCUAGUGGGCCACAAGGAAGCUCCGGAUCGAGCAACAGCCGUCUGCCUCAUGCAGCACCUCAUGGAUCAUGACAUCCUUCACCAUGUCUGUGAUAAGAGGCCAGUGUUGAAGGAUGCCAAACUCCUGUACCGUUUCCGCAAGGAUGAUGGCACGUUUCCCUUCAAUAGAGAGGUGAAAAUCUUCAUGCGAGGACAACGGCUCUAUGAACAUCUCAUAGGGGACAAGAAGUCCAUUCUGCAGCUAAGAGAGGAGCGCGGCGUUGCAUACCAGCGCUCCUUUUCCGGCUGCCAGCUGAUCGACUGGCUCCUUCACAACGGGGAGGCGGAGAGCCGGUGCCGGGGACUGGAGCUGUGCCGCGCAUUGCAGGAGCAUGGCAUCAUUCAGCACGUCGCAAAGAAGCACGAUUUCUUUGACAGUGGACUGCUCUAUCAGUUCUGCAUCAAUUUCCGCCGCAGACGGCGCCUAUCUGCACUGUUGAGCGAAAGCGAACAAGGCAACAACGAAGAUGUGGCAGCGUCCACACCAGAGGACAGCAAUGCUGAUAGCCCGCCCCAGGAAGACAACAGUGCUUUCCAGUCCGUGAGGUUAAGUAAAGAUCUGAAGCAGGUUACCAGUGGGCGUAGAGGCAGCUUGAACUCCCCUCAGCUUCAGUCUUCUGGAUGUCCACCUCUGGUCCAGCUGUCUUCAGUGAGAUGCAAUCCUAAAUCAGUGCUGAGAAGAAAUUUUACGUGUGAAGAAUUAUUCGCACCUGGGGCACCUUUAAUCAAGCGGGUGUUGACGGUGAUAGGAGAUGCCAUGGGCUGGGGCUUUGUUGUCAGAGGCAUGGCUCCCUGUUAUGUGCAGGCCGUUGACCCCGGAAGCCCUUCAGCAGCUGCAGGAGUGAAGGUCCAGCAGUUUGUGUGCCAGGUGAAUGGCCAGUGUGUCCUCUACCUGGACUACAGGACGGUCACCAGGCUGGUGAUGACAGGGCCUCGCACUGUUGUUCUGGAAGUCCUGGAACCGCUGGAAUGACAACUACAGU